CAAGAUUCCAACAUUUAAUCUCGGCGAAGAGAGCUAUAAGAAACGUAGUAGCCACCGAGUGUUGCGCAAAGGGCGCUGUAUACGGUCCCGAACAGCUGAUUGAUAGUAGCGAUGGCAGCCAAAGGAGCGCACAUCACACAGAACGAGGAGAUCAAACCAUCCUUAUUCGAGGUCCUAGCAGCCGAUGCACUCGAUACGACCUUCUAUCCGGCCAUCAGGCGAGUCGUCGAUUUUCUAGCCGCUGCCAAGCCGACCGUUUUUGGGCGCUGUGUCCAGUUCUACGACGAGUUGUACCUGCUGUUCAACGGCCUGGUACAGGGUUACUAUCUGCAGCGAUAUGGAGGCUCCCUGGCUGAGGUUUUCUACGGACUUACGCGGCAAUCGAUGGGCCGUAGCGAGGGCACGUUCACCGUGCGGGAACGAAACCUUUCGUUCGUGAUGCUGGUGGUGUUACCAUACGUGUUACGGAAACUGGAAAACCUCAUCACGCGGUGGCGGGAUGAUCUGGAGAAUGGCAAGCCAGUAAGUGCGGAGCGAAAGGCACUCGUCCGCGUGAUGCCGUUCGUGAAAGCAGUCUACGAGAGCGUUAAGCUGGUGCAUUACGUAUCCUACUUGGCUGGUGCUAGUACGGUUCAUUCCCCGUUGUUACGGUUACUUCGUCUAUCGCUGACCUAUCACGCCGAAGAGGAGGAAAGCUGGUCUCUUAGCGAGGUGUUCCAAGGAAAAGUGAGGAUCGCUACUAUGCUCAGUACGGCAUUACUGCGGUGGCUGGAACUGUCUGCCUUUUUUCUACAAUUCAUCGAAUGGUGGCAAACCGAGGCCAACAUCGGUGAUCUGUCGAAACUUCCGAUCCCGGAUGCUCCCGAGCUGGAUAUCAACGCCGCGAAAUAUGCGGGGAUUUGUCCGGUAUGCCUACAGAAGCCCAUCAUUCCUACGGCCAUUUCCGUGUCAGGAUACGUUUACUGCUAUCGGUGCAUAGUGGUGCAUUUGCAGAAAGAAAGCAAGUGCCCGGUUACCAAAUAUCCUGCGACGAUCAACGAUCUCAUCCGCGUAUAUACGGAUGACGACAGUUAAAUUCCUUACUAGACUCUGGUGAGCAAGGGUUGGGUUUUAGAAUAUGAUGAAAUGGCUGGUAGAGUAGCAAUUGUACAAAAAGUGGUGAAAGACUGAAUAAAUGCUGACGUUCUAUAAAGAUUCCAGGAACUUUUCUCGUCAGGGAAGGGAGUAAUAAAAGGACUAUGAGA